AUGAACAGAGUCCUGGAAAAGUAUUAUCUUUCCACCAUGUACAGCCUUGAGUUCAUUUUGGGCUUCACUGGAAACAUCAUUGUUGUGUUCGGCUAUAUUUUCUGCCUGAAAAACUGGAAAAGUGGCAACAUCUACCUCUUCAACUUAUCAUUAUCAGAUUUAUUAUUUCUGUGUACUCUUCCAAUCCUCGUGAACAGCUACUCCGAAGACCAGUGGGCAAUGGGGAGCACCUUGUGCCACAGCAACAGGUUCCUGUUGCAUGCAAACCUGUACAGCAGCAUCCUUUUCCUCACCGUUAUCAGUAUUGACCGAUACAUGCUCAUAAAAUACCCUUUCCGAGAACAUGUUCUGCAGAAGAGGAAAACAGCCCUUAUCAUCUCUGUUGCCGUAUGGGUCAGCGUGAUACUGGAGCUGCUGCCACUGAUGUAUUUCCUGGAGCCUGUAACACCUGCCAAUAAUUACAAGUGUCUUGACUACGCCAGCUCUGGAGACCCCGCGGAAAACCUCAUCUACAGCGUGUUCCUGACCGUCUUUGGGUUCCUGAUCCCUCUCGUGGUCAUGUGCUGCUUCUACGUGAAGAUGGUUCUUUUUCUUAAAAACAGGAGCGAGCAAGUCAGUUCCCUUCUGACACUUGAAAAACCGCUGACGUUAGUGGUCCUCACCGUGGUUAUCUUCUCAUUGCUCUUCACUCCCUAUCACAUAAUGCGCAAUGUCCGACUCGCUUCCCGAAUACCGGCCUUGGCAGUCUCCGCGUGCACGCAGGGCGUCAUCAACACCAUCUACAUCAUCACGAGGCCCGUUGCGUUCUUGAACAGCGCCAUUAAUCCUGUGUUUUAUUUCUUGAUGGGCGACCACUUCAGAGAGAUGCUGAUGGCAAAGAUAAGGUGGCUCUCGAGCAGGUUGACAACCACCAGCAAAUGA